GAGGAAGAGGAAGAGAAACAGAGAGUAGAAAAUCAAGUGUUAGUCCUUUAGCUUUCUAUUUCCCUUUUAACACCCCCCCCCCCCCCGCCCCCCCAAAAAAAAAAAAACUAUAUCACACAGCAAGAAAAUCCUGCAGCCUCAGAAAAAAAAUUUAGGGUUUGUAGCUACUGAAUCCGCUUUUGAUCUAGAAUGAAAUUAGUUUGAGAUUAAAAGGAGAUUUGGUGAUUAUUGUGGCUAAAUUUUUGAUGGAUGAGAUCUGGGAAAGAGCAGUGGAGACAGCAUUAGAGGGGCAAACAGAUAACUUAGCGGUAAGAGCCCUAACCCUAGACGGUGCUGUUAAGUGUAUACAAGGAAGAUUACCAGCAGCUCCAAGUUUAUUUGAAAAAUUCGAGAAUCUUCAACACCUAUCUAUUGCAAGUAUUGGCGUUUCAACGUUAGAGCAAUUUCCUCGUCUUGGAAAUCUAGAGAAAUUAAUUUUAUCUGAUAAUAGAAUCUCCGGUGGAUUAGAAUUUCUGGUGGAAGCUGGACUCGAUUCGCUUCGGGAUUUGGAUUUGUCAAAUAAUAGGAUUCAGUAUAUUGAAGAUCUAGCACCUUUGGCUAAGUUAAGGUUGGUUUCGCUUGAUUUGUAUGAGUGUCCGGUUACGAGAGUCAAGGAUUAUCGGGCUAGGGUUUUUGGAUUGAUUAGUUCGUUGAAGUAUUUGGAUAAAAUGGAUGCUGAGGAGAAUGAGAGACCGGAGUCUGAUGAUGAGGAGGAGGAAGAGGAGGAGGAGGAGGAGGAUCCUGGGAGUGGUGAGGUUGAUGGGGAGGGGGAAAGGCCGUUGGGAAUGAAUAACGGGCAUAGUGAAGUUGGGGAAGGGAUUGUUGAUGUGGAUGAGGAAGAGGAGAGCGAGGCGGAUGAGGAGGAGGCAGAGACGGGGAGAGAUGGUAAUGGGGUUAGACAGAAUGGGUUUCGGGUUGAGGUAGUGGACAGGAGGGGGGAGGAGGGAGGGGAGGGGGAGGAGUUUGGGGAAGAGGAAAUUGAUGAGGAUGAUGAUGAUGUGGUGGAAGUGCAUGAGAUUGGUGACGAUAGUGACGAGGAUGAUGAUGCUGUGGAGUAUGAGGAGGAGGAGGAGGACGACGACGAUGAUGACAACGAAGAUGAUGAUGAAGAAGAUGAAGAGGGGGAGGAGGAGGAGGUGGAUAAUGAUGAAGGGGAUCUUGGUGAGCCGGAGAGUACAGGAAGAUUAACGAGUACAGAGGGGGAGAUUGAUGGGCAUGAGCAUGGGGAGGAUGAUGGUGAAGAGGAUGAUAAUGGAGAGACUGGUGAGGAGGAGCAAGUUGUUGAGGAUGAUGGAGAGUUUGACGAUGAGGAAGAUGGUGAGGAGGAGGAUGAAGACUCCGAUGAAGGGUACUUGGUUCAACCAGUGGGGCAGGCAGAAGUUCAUCAUGAUACUGGAGGCAGUGACUUGGAGCCAGGGAAUGAGGAAGAUGAUCCUGAAGGGGAGGAAGAAGUUGAUGAUGAUGAUGAAUUGCAGAUGUUACCAUCAUCCUCACACCUUAAGAGGAAGAGAGAUGAAGACGAGGAGGAAGAUGGUGAGGAGGGGGAGGAGGAUGAUGAUGAUGAGGAGGAUGUUGUUGAAUAUACAAAGUCAUCAUCGAAGAAGCACCAUUAGCUCUUCUUCAAUCUCCUGGGUAAAGAUGUUUUGUUUGUGUCGUGAAGCAUGGAAAAAAGAGGAACUUGUUAGAUAGACUGGUUGUAGUCUGCUAGUGAUUUUGGGUAUUUCCCGCGUGGACAUACAUAUUUAGGUGAAGGAAUUUAUAUCUUGGGUGGCAUGUUGUUAGAUUCAAAAGGUUGUUAGCAUCGUCCCGCUUCUUCCCAUUUCCUAUAUAGCCGUUGGUCUUUGUUAAUUCAAAUGACAGUUAUGAAGGAGGGUUUCACCGCCCAUUCUUCAGCUCCCUCCCUCCCAGGGGUCUGUUUCUAAAUGGAGGGACAAAAGAGAGAAAGACUAGGUUCCCCCCCUCUGCCUGGGCCAAAGCUUGUUAUAAAAUUGCCUGGUAGAAACGCUUGUAGAUAGACUUCCUUCUUCCCUCUCUGCUUCAUUCAAUCAAAUGAUGGGCUUUUGAAGAA